GGGCGGGCUUGCAACCCCAGUCAAUCGCCAUGACCAAACGAAGAGAGAGAGAGAGAGAGAGAGGAGUGGGGACGCGCAUUUCCAGAAAGAAGGCGUGAGUGAUGAUGCCCAUGUUUACUCCUCGCGCCUUCUCGUCUCUCCCCAAUUCCAUUUUGAGAGCGAGAUACUCAAAGUCUAUACCCGCUUCCGAGGCAGGCUGCAGAGAGACAGGGAGAGAGGGAAGGAGGGGGCCAUGGCUUCCCCUAGGGGCAGAGGGAGGCCAUACGGAGUGAUGCUGCUGCUGGCCUUCGCAGCGGCGGCUGUGGGAGUCAUGGCGGUUCAGAAGCUCAGGGAGAGGCGAGUGUACACCAUCCUCAUCAAUGAGAAGCACAGAGAGGUCAUGGCUCUCAACAUGAGAUACCAGAGAGAAAAAGAUUUGUCCAGCGAGCUGAAAGUGAAGAUCGAGGACCUGAAAGCCAAAAUCGUAUCCCUUAGGAAACAGAAGUUUGAGCUGAAGAGCAAGCUUGUGGAAAUGCAAUCACUGACAACUUCUCUCCAAGAAAAGCAUCGAGCCCUAGGUGCAGAGGUGGAGGAGAAGCAGAAACAGAUAGAAAACCUCAGCAGGAGAAAAGGCCUCUCAAGGAAAAUGUAUAUGCAACUGAUAGCAUUGAGAGAAAUCUUAAAACACAAAGAAGAUGAGAUCCAUGAACUCAAGCACCAGAAUGCAAACAUGCCAUCAGAGCAUUCUGCUGGCUCCAACGAAACUGCAAGUUUUCGGUCUAACGUUACAGCUAUAAGGAGCGUAUUGGACAGAGAAAAUGGUACAGAUAGGGUGCAAGGAUCUGCUUCGAGAGGUCAACGGGAUGAACACACACAAAAUCCCCAGGAUGGAGAACGCCCGAGACAAGGUGAUCAAAGUAAAGGGAUCAGCAGAGAUAGUGUUAGCUCCACCAAAGGGCAGCCAGCCAAUGUGGAAGCUGUGAACAAAGAACAAGGCAAUGAAACUAUUCAAGAUGUCAAUGCAGACAAACAAACUGAACAUGCAAGAAGAGGCGCAGUCAAACGAGAAGUGAAUGUAAAUGCUGGUGACAUGUUAUCUCUUCAUGAAACUUCACAGGCUGCUCAUUUCAUCCAAAUGCCAGUCGAUAUAAGCAAUGACACCGUUGAUCCAAGAGCAAAGGUCCAGGAUGGUGAUGUCAAAGCGUUGGAGAAACGGCAAACUGAAAAUGCUGAGACAAGUCAAGUUGAAACAAAUGAAAAUACUCGGAGCGGACGAGAAACGGUCACCCUCCUCGCCGGUACCGGACAACCACGGCAACCAAACAUUUCCCAAGACACUGCCGGGGAAAGGCAAGCUGAACAUAAAAGAGAACAUAUAGAUCGUCCUGCAGAAGCCUUACCUGAUGCUAAUAUCAUCAGUGAGCUGCAGAACAGCAUCAAAACCAUUAAAGUGAACCAAUCAGACGUUCAAGCUGCGGACGAUCCGGAGAAUAUAAAGGAUAGCAAUGCCCAGCAGCAUCAGCAGAAAGAUAAGUCUGUUGACUCUAAGGGCCUAGAGAAUGGUGGGGCUGCCCAUGCAUUCAGGCAACCAGAACAUGUAGAUGACUCCAACGGUGAGGUCCAAAAAUCAAACCCAGAAACUGAAGUUACAAACGAUGCUGAAGAAGAUGAUGAUGGUGAUGCGUUUGAUGAAGCCUUAGAUGACAUACCAGAGGAUGAAAGAAGAGACACAGAACCCGAGAACUAUCAAGACGAUAAAGGUGUCGACGAGGUUUCUGAAAUGUAGUUGAUAAAUAUACAAUCUAGACGGUAGAAAAAUAAGUCAUGCUCCUUCUCAGCAUUAGUUUUCCCCUUGUGUCUUAACCAUGUUAAUGAAAUCAAACUAAGAACUUUUUCAACA